UCAGGCAAAUGGAAGCUUGCAGUUGUGCAGUGCACACACACUUCUUUCCAGAAGGCAGAGAGCAGUGCUCAGUCUACUGACAGACAAGCCAGCAGAUCGACAAGAAGUCAGGACAUAUUCUCACAGCAGUAGCAGACGGUAACACCACGAGUGGGUCUUCUGAAGCCCACUUUCACUCUCCUGGGUGUGUGAUUGCUCCUGAAUGCACAUUCAAGCUCCUCUACUGCUGGCAGUGAAGACCUGCAGAUGCAUUCAACCACAGGCUUGCUUUUCAACCCUGCAUCUGUCUCAACACUCACACCAAAGCUGUACCCACAGGAAGAGGAUGCACAUGUUUUAUUGACAGAGCUACAGGUGGUUUGAGUUUGAGCUGCUGUUGGACUGGAAGGGUUUUUUCCUUUGUGGUGAGCUGUGGCAUAUUUGGAGCCAGCAUGUUGCCUAUUGUGGCAUGUUUGGCAUUCAUCCUGCUGGGCUCAGGGCAUGCUCAGGUUGCCACACAGACUCAGGGGCAGAGCCAGAGUCGGGGGCAGAGCCAGAGGCAGGGACAGGGACAGAGACAGGACAGCUCCGCCACCCCUUGGAGGCAGGUGAUUCAGUGGGAGAACAAUGGCCGGGUGUUUAGCCUGCUGAACAGUGGUGCUGAAUAUGUUCCUGCAGGGACGGGGGCCCAGGACAGAGGUCCCAGGGUGGUUGUGGCAGAUAGUCGUUCACGCUCUUCCCGCAGACCUCAGGGAGGCAACGUCCGCAGACAGGCUCCAUCAAGAGGAUCCUCUGAAACUGUCCGUGGGCAGGCAAGGCAUCCUUUCGGCUUUGGGCAAGUGCCUGAUAACUGGAGACAAACCACAGGCAGCACAGGCAGUAGCCAGUUCCAGGGAUCCUCUACCAGCCGCUUCCACCCAUCCACAGGCUCGUCAUCUUCAUCUUCGUCAUCAUCCUCAUCCUUUUCUUCAUCUUCAUAUAAUGUACCAGCCUACCCACAGUUUCCAUUUCCCCAACAGCCUCAAUUCCAACCAGUACCUUACGACCCUAGUUUCGUGGAAGCACCAGUCAGGAGCUACGAGCCUCCCUUUCAGCCUGUCCUCGGUGGAGGGUACGGCGGCGGAGGGUAUGGUGUUGGACGGGGGUAUACGGGAGGUGGAUACGGAGGUGGUGUGGCCCCAGUGCUCCCAGGCUCUCCUUCUGACUUCACUGAUGAAAGCUAUCGUUACUACCAGUCCUAUGGCUACGGGCCCAAUCCUGUGGUGCCUGCACGUGCUGCCCAGCCGCCGUUUACAGAUGGUUUGGACCACAGAUACACCCACAGCCUCUUCAACGAGGAGUCUGCUCCUGCAGCCCCCAUCUCCAAUGCCAAUCCAGCCCCUCCCAUAAUAGUGGAUAGAUCAGGACCUGCAGGUCAAGUACCAGUCAGGAGCCCUCAGUAUGAGCAAUUUCCACCUUUUGGAAGGCCCCAGCCUCCCUUCUUGCAGCCCGUUCCACUGGGCAGGAGUUCUCCAAACUCUGCCCUUGAGAAUCCUGGUGUGAAUGCUGGGAGUGUGUACCGACCACAACAGACAGGUUUGCCUGACCUGGUUCCUGAUCCCAACUAUGUCCAGGCAUCCACAUAUGUCCAGAGAGUCCACAUGUAUUCUCUCCGCUGUGCUGCUGAGGAAAAAUGUCUGUCAAGCUCUGCCUAUGGCGCUGACGCCAGUGAGUAUGAUGUAAGGGUCCUGCUGCGAUUCCCACAGAGGGUGAAGAACAAGGGCAAGGCCGACUUCAUGCCUAACAGGCCACAUCAUACCUGGGAAUGGCACAGCUGUCAUCAGCAUUACCACAGUAUGGAUGAGUUCAGUCACUAUGAUUUACUCGAGGUCAGCACCGGCCGUAAAGUGGCAGAGGGACACAAGGCUAGCUUCUGUCUGGAGGACACCACCUGCGAUUUUGGUCAUCAGAAGCGUUACGCCUGCACUGCUCACGUUCAGGGUCUGAGCCCCGGCUGCUACGAUACCUACAAUGCUGAUAUUGACUGCCAGUGGAUCGAUAUCACCGACAUCAAACCUGGAAACUACAUACUAAAGCUCCAGGUUAAUCCCAAGUUCUUGGUGCUGGAGUCAGAUUUUACCAACAAUGUGGUCAGGUGUAACAUUCACUACACAGGACUGUUUGUUACAACAAACAACUGCAAGAUAGCACAGUCUUGAUCGGGCACUGGAAGCUGCCACAUUAGAGUGACCCUGAUCGCUAUUCCAUUGAAAUGUGAAUGGAAUCCAUUUGUUGUUGGUUCAUUGUUGGUGUUGUUUGUCUCUACUUUUUUGUGCUGUUCUGGGAUUCGGGGUCCACAGCAAUCAAGGGUUCCACUGGCACUGAGAAUGUGGGUUUUUUUAAGUGAACGUGCACACACACACACACACAUGCACACACAUGCACAGACACACACAUACACACACACACUCACACACACACACACACCAUUGCAUAAUGCUUAUUGCACAUCAAUAUUCCAAUAAUGAACCAACAGUUCACAUUCCUGCAAUUUACAUUGUAAUACUGUCCUGCCAACUACAUAUCUCAUAUUGUCUGGUUUGUUUACAUGCUAGGAGGACACAUCAUUGACUUUCAAAACAGGUGUUUACUGUAUAUCUACACACACACAUAAACACACAGAGUGGCAUUGUUUAAAUUAUAAAUUGCAUGAAAUGGUGCCUGUGCAGAGAAGAGCGGUACCAGACGAGUCAGGGUUCAGCUGCAAUCCAACAAAUAAAAUUAGGGGACAAGGUCUUCCCAGGUGCAUUCAUCCAUGCAGUGUAGGGACAGACAGAGAUGCCCAGUGACUCAGAAGAACUUUAAUGUGUCAGUUUUUUUUCCCCCUCUCUCUCUCUCUCUCUCUCUUCCCUGCCUCGGUGGGUCAGGCUGGGAUACUAUGAUUCUCUGGGCGCAUCCUGUUUAAUGUUGUGUUAACAGCAAGAAGAAGACAGCAGGUCAUAUUUGAAUUUGUCAACAUCAAAUUGUAAUUCAGCAGAGAGACAGACUGUCAGCACUGGACGCUGUACUCCGCUAAAUCCUUGCAUAUUCACGUUGUGUCCCCAUUCUUCCUUUCUUAUUUCAGUAAAACAGGAACAGGAAGCUCAGCUGGCAGAAAAGGAUGCUUUCCAGAUAACAAGACUCUCAGUAUAUAAGUAAGCUGUGUGCUUAUACUGUCUUGUGGUGUCUUCUUCAACUACCAACACUGGUCAGGUGGCACAUAGGUCAUCUCUACCUUUUGAAGAAUGUAUAUACAAAUAUUCCACUGAUGCAUGACUUUAAUGAUGGAGAUUAUGUUGUUGUAACUGAUUGUACUUUGUUUAUCCAUCUUGACCUGUUACUGUAGUUGUGAAAUGCAAUGAAUUUCUAUAUAUUUUUCUUGAUAAUCAAAUAGUAUGUGUUGUUGAAAAAAACACUACUGCCAAAAUUUAGCAUUAUAAUGCAGAGUGCAAGAAAGCCGUCUCUACCUACCUCUCCAGUUGAGUUGAGCUGUUGUUUCCAGUGGAUCUCCCUGCAGUGGUUGACUGUGGCCUCCUACAACUCGAUAUUUAAAAAGACUUAAAGUCAGAAUCCUUACGAUUUCAGUCCUGGUUGUGUGUUAAUACUCAACCGGUUCUUGUUCCCAGGACGUCAAAGACUAGCAUUUUUUCCUUUGGCAUCCAUGCUGUCCACAUCAACAUUCAGUGCCGAUAGACAUACAGGAGUUUUAUCACUUUAAAAGAGUCUCUCACUGAGCUGGGAGGGAUGGUGAUGGUGUAGGUUACAGGAGUUUCACCCAGGAGGUCCGUGUCUGUUGUUGGACCAUUGUGGGGGUUUUUUUAAACUAAAUUUCCUUCCGUAUUACAACUGAAAAAGUCUUGUUUUCACUCACUAUUUACUUUCAUCUUCACUCACAAUUUGGUUAUGUUUGGGUACUAAAACUGCUUAUUUAAGAUUAAAGAAAGGGUCAUGGUUUGGGUUAAAUUACACCCUUUUACAACAGUAACCAAAUGCAGACAAACUUCUGGUUGCCCGAAGAGUGACGACACCAGCAAGGAACAUUUGUCUAUAGAUUCAUGGUGUUUGUUUCUAAUGUUAAAUUUUAUAGUCUAUCAAACUGUCUUGUGAGUUGAAAAAAUUGUGCAAAAGCAUAAACAGUAUGAUGCCAACAAGUGGCAAAGCAGCAGUGUGACAAGGCUGGGGUGAAACUCUGCUCUGAUACUACAGGUCCUGUGGGAAAAGCGAGCAGUACUUGAACAGAAAUACAGCAGUGGAAGUGGUGGAUCUUUUAACAGUGCAUCCAAACAAACUCAUGUUUUUUUAGUGUAGAAGCCAUUAAUAGAUGACACUUUUCCAUCAUUUUAUGAACAACCUUGACCUGAUUUCAUGCUGCACAUUGUAUGAAUAUUUUUAAACCCAACAGUGAGUCACAUUGUGUUGGGCCCAUUACUCCCUGCAACAUUUAAAGCUGACUUUCCCUCCAAAAAAUACCAGAAUUCUGUUUUCUUGUUUUGCUGAUGCAUCUUUGAUGAUUGAUUGUGAUUAGAGUUAUUCCAAAUUUCCUCUGACUGCUUUAUGAUAAAAGCUUUCCCCCCAUAUUUUGCCAGUGGAGCAGUUUUAUUGUGAAGCAGCAGCACUAAGAAAUGUUCGGUUAAAAGGAACUUCAUGCAGCAGUUAUAUAGUGUAAAGAGAGUGAACAGAACGAAGUGUGAGGAUGCUAACAGUGAAAUAAAAUUAGCAAUAGCGCUGGAUUACAUGCAUGCAUUGCUGCCUGUGCAUGCGUGUAAUGGCAAUUUGAAUCAGGCAUGUAAUAGCAGACCCCACCUCGAUCAGUAAAUAGUACUAUAUAGGAAGUUAAUUAAUGAAUGUAAACUCAUUAAAUGACUAUUGCACAUAACAUCCUGACCAUAAACAGUGGUUAUAAUCGGGUUUUACAACAUGAACAUCUUAAGGAUUGUUACUUUAAUAUUCACAAAUGUGAUUACUGAAGUUGAACAUUUUCUCAGAUCUCAAUCUGGUCUCUAUGUAUCAAUAUGUAUGUAUCGAUCAAGCAGUGAUAAAUCACCAAAACUAGUUUGUUAAUGUUCAUUUUUUAUAUAUAUUUUAACAGGCAUUUUGUUUUAAAUGCAGAAUAGGAAUAGUCUUUGGCAUUCAGUUGUUUACCCAUACAGGUCUUUCAUAUUGUACUAGAAACAUUCAGUUCUUAGAUUCAGUCUUUAGUAGCUUGUGAUCAUACUGUACACUGACGGAGAAAGAUGCAAGAACAUGUGAUUCUGACAUUCAGCGGAACAACAGCACAGGAGUAGGUGACAGCUAUACAGGAUCUUUGACAUGUUUUGAUGCAAAGCUGUAUUUUUCUAACGGUGAAUACCUGUCAAAAACGUCUUAUACAAUAAAUACAUUUACAUGUC